ACAUCUAGACUGUAACGCAACAGCAACUGCUGCCAACAUAAGAGCGUGAACUUGAACAAACGUCGCAGGAAGAAGAAGAAACAGUCGAGCAAAAUUACAAAAGAGUUAUCGUUUCAGACGUCGCCAUCUUUAAGCAGGACUGAAAAUACGUAAUUUUCGGUGGAUUUAAGCGAAGCGAACAGUUACAAACGUAAUCAAACGUUAGAAAAGUGUGUGGCAAAGCCAUUGAAUAUAGUGCUUCGGAAUAUUGGUGGAAUUCCUGUGGAACCGUUGCUUCCUGUGGAAAUCUGUCAGCAAGCAAGGACAAGUAGCUGUGAGUUCAAGCUCUCAUCUGCACCAUCAUCAGCAGUCGGCGAAGUGAGCGUGACGGAAGGACCUGUAGCCAGUCCUCCUGCCUAGUCAAGAAUUUGUAUUAGCUGAGCUGUAAAGAGAAGAAUUUGGAAAAGAAACUCACGCAAGAAACAAAAGACAGCUAUCAAUCAAACCGUCAGCCUUCUUGCGUUAAAUCCUUGAUUUGCUUGAUUUGCGGUGCUGAUGUUUGUUGUCCAGUAGGGCCGCGGCUGUUGGGCUCUGAAAUCGAAAGAAAAGGAAACGAAAAAAAAAACAGCCGGAAGCUGUGUAGUGCGAACGGCGGUGGGCGACCCCCUGCUGUCGUCGUGCCGUUUGACGGUUCUCUCUCUCUAUUUCCCGAGCAGCAGCCAGUAGUAGUGAAGCGAACCAGCACCAACCAUGAGUGUGAUCAUUCGUCUGCAGAACCUGCCCUUGGCGGCGAAUGCGUCCGAUGUGCGCUCCUUUUUCAAGGGUCUGUCGAUUCCCGAUGGUGGCGUGCAUAUCGUCGGCGGUGCGCUUGGUGAUGCGUUUAUAGCGUUCAGCACCGAUGAAGAUGCAAGACAAGCAAUGUCACUUAAUGGAGGUUUCAUCAAGAAUGGACCAAUAUCGCUGCUACUUUCGUCCCGUGCUGAAAUGCAGAAAGUCAUCGAACAGGCACGGAAGGCUGCCCUUAGCUACAUGCAACUUAAACAAACUACCGCGCCAGUGGCGGCCGUUGUACCGAGUGCCGUGAAACCGCAACCCAGCAUCAUACCGACGGCUUUAAAAUCUGGAAUAAAUCAAAAAGUAAGCCCGAUAGCAAGUUUGUCGCAGUUUCACGUACCGCCUCCGGGAAAGGCGCUGAGCGGCGAAACAAGCCGAAGAUCGACGGCCGUGCAACAACCGCAACCACCGGUUAUAUCUUUGGCUGGAUUUUUAGCGAAAGCUAAGGCGGGUCAGCUAAAUAAUGCUACCGUAGCUGCUGCUUCAGCAUCAACCACGGCCGCCACGGUUGCAUCUUUGAGUCCAUUGUUAUCCCAAGGAUCUGCUUACAACGAAAUACCCGGCCUGUCGUUUCUUUCAUCCGAUGCGCCACAAACCAUUGACCUCGGUGUUGUUUCUCCAUUGGCCGGAGUGGGAGCUCCUUCGGCAGGUAAUGGUGGCCUUACAGGAUGGCUCUCGGCGUUGAAUGGAGCGGGUUUAAAGGGACCGGCUAUUAGCGAUGUACCGCGUCCCAUCGUUGUGGAAGAUUCGACUCCGUGGAAAUUUUUGAAAAAGGAACGCUCAAGCCGUAGCCGUUCCAGCUCACGGGACCGUUCGUGCAGGAGAAGCAGCCGGUCGUCUUCCCGCGAUCGGGACAGUCGUCGUCGAAGUCGCUCUGCAUCGCGCGAUAGAAGGCACAAAAGGGAUGGACGCAGUCGAUCUUCCUCGCGGGAACGAAACAACCGUUGGUCACGUAGCUCAAGCCGCGAGUACAGUCGAAACCGAUCGAGAAACAGCCGUAGCCGUAGUCCGAGUCGUGAUCGGUUCGGCCGAAUGCGUCAAAGAAGUCGUUCGCGAUCGCGUGAUCGACGCAGCCACGACAGUAACAGCCGUGAUCGUUAUGACGCAUCGAACAGUGGUCGUUCGAAUCGAGUCUCUCGGUUCUCCGACCGGAACGCUUCUGAUUUCAAUGGUCAACAACAGGGGCAAAAUUCAAUGAACGGUAUGUUUGGAGGCAUGAAUCAAACGGUUGAACCCAUUUACGGGCUCCACACAAUGCCCGGCGGUAUGGUAGAAGGUGGGCGUGGAUCAAAUCAACCGGGACAUUUCUCUAAAGUUAGUGGCAAAAUUUCACCCAGCUCGUUUGGGGGCGGUAUGAACGGUGGUCUCGGACAAGGCGGUGCAUACCGCAACACGUCUCCACUGCCAGAUAGUGUGUACACAAACACGCACAAGACUAAUAACGGGCCGACUACGAGCGAUUUUGCGGUCAAGCUGUCCAACUUCGAACUGCCUACAGGGUACGGUGAGAUUAGACGGUUCUUUAAGUCCCAUAUGAUAUCGACGCAAGGUAUUAAAAUGAUUAACGAUCAACAUGGUAGACGUACGGGCAUUGCCUUCAUUCAGUUCCUGCGUAAGGAAGGCAAAAAGCAUGCAUUAAUGCGCGAUGGUACGAUCAUGCGCCGGACGCGCAUUAGGAUAGAGUCCAUUACGGAUCAAGAUUUUGAAUCGGCAAUUGACUCGUACCGGCCGGGUAACGAAAAACCAUCGCAGGAUCCGCAGGGAUGGAGAGAUGCCCGCAUUGUAAACCCGUGGAACAUGACCCAAGAGGACGCGGGUGACGGACAUGCAAACGAUGAGCAUCGAAAACAAUCUUCCGGCACUAUAGCACCUACCACCACGCUGGUAGUGUGGAACUUGCCGUCCUUUACCACCGAGCAAGACAUCAUGAAGAUGUUUUCCGAUUUUACAGUCGUCGAGGUGCUGAUCGUGCGAAACCAUCACGCACCAAAGCAGAUGGAUGGAUACGUAAAGUUCCACCGGCAGGAAGAUGCUAAAGAAGCAUGGAACCAGAUACAUCGACAUUUCAUUGGCAACAAGAAGGUUGUUGUGCGGGCAUGCGAGGAUAUUGACUAUGAGGUAGCGAAAAACGAGUACGAGAACCCGGGCGCUGAUAACGAGAACCCGUCGGAGGAGGAUAAUACUAACGAGCAGUUUGAUAACAAUAAUGAGCCAUUUAACAAUGGCAAUUCUGGGCCGGUAGAGGGUAACAAUUCUAACAACGGGUUUAAUGAUGUCCGGCAGGGCCGUAACAAUAAGCAGAGCACUAGAUGGGGUUCGAUUGAGCGGAAUUGGGAUGAGCAGAGUGACAAUAACACACCGGAGACAGGUACGAUGGACGCACAAGGACGGCUAGGUGGCGAUGGGGCAGCCAACACGGAUGAGAACGGUUCUUGGAACAACCGUGAUCCUCGGCUGAAUCGUGACGAUGAAUCGGGAGACAAUGGUGAUGACAGUAAUAGUAACUUUAACAACAACCCCAUGAACAAUAGCAACAAUCCCAACCGGCAGGGGAAUUCGCGUGAUCCACGCAAACCUCACAACCGGUUCGGUGGCAAUGCCGUCGUAGAUAAUAGUGAGAUGUUCCAGCGCACCAACUGGCUGCUGCUCCGGAACGUCGACUUUAACGUGUACGAAGAGGACGUGUAUGCGUUCUUCGGAAACGAUGGGUUCCUCGCGAAAACGGUGCUACUCGUGCACAACGAACGCGGUGGCCGAACGGGCGAAUGUUUGGUAGAGUUUGGAUCGCCGAGUGAAGCGCACCAUGCCGAAUCUAAGUCAUCACAGAACCUGGGCCGCCGGAAAGUGUUCGCUAGCCAUCUUGAUCGGGGCCAGGUGGCGGAUCUGAUGGCACGCUUCAAUGCGAUCGCACAGGGUCUGCAACCAUCCUACUGGCUACCGGACCAUAUGCAGAACGGCAACAAUGGUAAUAAUGACGAACAGCGGAAUGACGAUCCGGAGAAGAAUCAAGGCGUUGGCUGUGGACCGUACCGUACCGCAACCGUGGGUUUGCUCAACCUAGCCUACAAGACAACGGUGGAAGAUGUGCAGAAAUUCUUCCAGGAGUUUAAUCUACCGCUGGAAAACGUACGGCGUCGAUUCUUGGACAACGGUCAACCCACCGGCGAGGCUAUGGUACGGUUCCAGAACAAUCAGGAUGCAGAGAAAGCAUUGAACGAGUAUCAAAACCGACGGUUGUUCGGUAGGAAUGUGCGAAUCCGCUUGAUCAAUGAUGACUGAAAGGAAGGUUACCGAUCCUCGAAGGAUGAUGGUGUGUGAAAAGAGUGUCCAUGGGUGAACAUUAAAUUCUAUAUUAAAUAUUCUAACUAGUAAUAAGUUUUUUUUUAAAUUACGAUAGGAACCUUCACGUAUGUAAGGAAGGUAGGUUCUCAUACAAAGGAACAGCAAAAUAGGAAACCAAGCAAGUUCCCAGGCGAACAACAGAAAAAAAUUGGUUAUGAAUUGCUUUUCUGGUAUACCGCAAGCUAUUGUUUUUUUCGAAUAGCGGUUACAAUGCUACAACUGUACAUUUUUAGUGAUAACGAUAAUGAUUAAUAAUGUGUACCAUCAUUGAGCAAUAAGCAAUGCAUAAUUUUAUGUAUGUAUAAUUUUAUAUUGAAAUAAAAAAAAGUAAUUUUGCGUCAAAAUA